UAAACCCUCUGCAUCCUGUCCUGUUGUGUGUAAGCGCAGUAGGUGCAGAGCAUAGUCAUGAAGUACUUCAUUCUCCUGGCCCUGUUUGCUGCAGCUUUUGCUGCUCCCAUUGAGGAUGACGAUGACAAGAUUGUUGGAGGCUACGAGUGCAGAAAGAACUCUGUGCCCUACCAGGUCUCUCUGAACGUUGGUUACCACUUCUGCGGAGGCUCCCUGAUCUCCAGCACCUGGGUGGUGUCUGCUGCUCACUGCUACCAGUCCCGCAUCCAGGUGCGUCUUGGUGAGCACAACAUUGCUGUCAAUGAGGGAACUGAGCAGUUCAUCAGUUCUGCUAAGGUCAUCCGUCACCCCAGCUACAACAGCUACACCCUGGACAACGACAUCAUGCUGAUCAAGCUGAGCACGCCCGCCACCCUGAACAGCUACGUCCGCACCGUGUCCCUGCCCUCCAGCUGUGCCAGCGCUGGCACCCGCUGUCUGAUCUCUGGAUGGGGAAACACCAGCAGCUCUGGAAGCAACUACCCUGAUCGCCUGAGGUGCCUGGAUGCCCCCAUCCUGAGCGACAGCAGCUGCAGGAACUCCUACCCCGGAGAGAUCACCUCCAACAUGUUCUGUGCUGGAUUCCUGGAGGGAGGCAAGGACUCCUGCCAGGGUGACUCUGGUGGCCCCGUGGUGUGCAACAGUCAGCUGCAGGGUGUGGUGUCCUGGGGCUACGGCUGCGCCCAGAAGAACAAGCCUGGAGUCUACACCAAGGUCUGCAACUACAACACCUGGAUUCGCAGCACCAUGUCCUCCAACUAAAGUCACUUUACUAAAGAAUCUCUGACUAUGAUAGCUGUAUCCAUAAAAUAAAUGAUUAGCAUGA